UCCCAUCUCAUUCCUGAGCGGCCUGUAUAAAAAUCCCAGCUCCGUAGCAGACCUUAACGUGUGUCCACAGUGAACAUCCAGGAUGACAGGGAUUAUUCUCUUUCUCUUGUUUCUGGGGUUUCCUCUUUACAAGACAGAGGAGCAUGUUGUCAAUGAGCUGUACACCCUGAUAGAAAAGGGGCAGGCCAGCUUUGUGGAUCCGGCUCCGAGCAACCAAAGCCGGCUGCUGGUUAAAGAGCCCUCCCUGCCCAUCAACGAACUGCUAGAGAAGAGCAGCAAGACCGGCGAGUCCAAAUUCACCCUCCAUCCUCUACCCUCUGCUGUCUGGCCAAAGCACAGUGACCUGGCCCCCAUCCCCCGCGACCACAGUCCCCACAACAAGAGCAAAAAGGGCCCCAAGAGCGACCGUCUGGUGGAGCACAACAGCGAGAAAACCAGAGGAGAAGUCGCCGGUCUGCUUCCCAAAACCCCUCUGACGGGAGCUACAGCUGCUGCCUCCAACCGCACCCUGCAGAAAACCAACCAGGACACCCAGUCCAACAUCAGCCCUCCUCAGCAGAGUGAACCAGACGGACACCCCAACUCCAGACCCAGGGGUCCACCACACACACAGCCUCAGGCUCAGCCGCACCAACCGGCCCCCUCAGCCCGCAGAGAGCCCCCCAACCGACGGCUGGACCCAGAGGAGAACCGGCCGGGGAAGGCCAGUCUCUAUCAGCCAGGUAUCGGUGCAGCGACCCGGAACAACAGCCGCCCGCCCGUCGUCUUCAACCGGCGCUCCUCCAGCCUGCUUUACCAGUUCGACAUCCUGAGGCGAGAGUCCGACUUCACACACGAUGCCUUCUGCAUGAGCGAGUGCAGGAAGGAGAAGGAGGAGAGAGAGUAUUACUGCUACAGUGAGUUUGCUGUCAACGGGAUAGUUCACGACAUCGAUGUGUUGCGUAAAGGAAUACGCCUCAUUACACUGAUGGUGAGCAGUGAUGGCUUCUACAAGAUGAGUCGUCUCUAUGUGACACCAGACAGCUUUUUCUUCAAGGUUCGGCUUCUGGUCCUGGACACCUACAAGUGCAGCAAGCCCUGCCCUGACAUCAAGCUCGGGACCAGAUACAUUAUAAUGGGCCAGAUCUACCACCGGAGGCGGCAUCUUCCCAAUGACCUCCUGAACCUCCUGGGGGGUAAACUGAAGCCUGGAGACGGCCUCCUGCGAAGCAACAACUACGUCAAGAGGUUCAACAAACGGAGGCACCAGAAAGCCCUGGAGGCCACCCGCUCCAGGUGUAGGUGAAGCAAAGAUAAGACUAUCGCCCCCUGCUGCAGGGGAAGAGACACUGCAGCUUACCUGAACUGAUCAUAACUAACCCCUCAGUAUUGUGCAAAACAAAAGACAUUUUGCAGAAGGCAUGGAUUUACUUUCUUAUGGACUGCUAUGAUGUAUCAUAAUCCUGGUUCAUCUUUUUUACUCAUCUGUAAAGUUCCUGAAGUACUGACUCGUGGGUCUCUUUAAUAGAAAACGCAAGAAACUUCAAUUAAAUGGAUUUUCCAUGAUGUUUUUGUAAUGUAUCAAACAAGGCUGUCCCCUCAGCCCACUGUUAUUUUAUCAAAAUAGCAACUCCACCCGAACUACUCAUUCAUUCAUGGCUGGUACAUGAAGUCCCUAAAUCGAAAAGGUGUAAAAACUUUUAAAGGUAAAUCUGGCUUAUCUGAAGCACACAUCUUUCCAUUUAGCACGAAAUUAGUUUAUAGAAUGGGUGUAUUUUAUCAUCUUGGAUCAGCAUUCACAUGGGCAUUUUUCUGUUUUAUUCAUGUGCAUUUAAUAAGCCUAUAUUUGUGCUGAGAAAGAAACAUUGUCAGAUCCUUUAUUCUCACUAUAAUCCAAGCACACAUAUAAAGACACAUACAGAUAAGAUCAAUGGUUCAAAGUUGUUUUUCUAGCUGGCGCAGUAGCUCCUCUGAGUAAAUUUCCAAAGCAUGCUCCCAUAUUUAACAAUACCAGAUCCAAAACAACACUUUUACACGAUAUAUCGAAGAGAAACGUAUUUUCCAUACAAACAUUUUGACUUUUCAAAAUAAUGCCAGUUGCUUAGCACAUUUUUGGAAAUGUAGGAACCUUGGAUCUCAUUGUACAAAUCCAACAUUUUAACCAUGUUGAUUCCUCUGAUUAAUCGAUGAUGCUUCUAAAUUGAUAUGAAUGCAAAAUGUUGUAUUGCACUGAAUAGUAUUGUUUUGUAACACCCAAUCCCAUGCAUGCUGUCACUGUGGUUGUCAUUGGUAAGCAGGAAAUGCACUAUUAUUGUUACAAGGAUCAAAGGGAGGGAAUGAAGGGCCUGAAAAAGCAGCAGCAAACCCCCAGUGGAGGAGGAGGAGGUGGGAGAGGACAGGACCUUUGCUUGUCAUGAGAGCGGCUUAUUUUUCUAACUUUAAUUAUGUGUCUAUGGUGAAAUAUCUGCCAUAGUAGACGGGGACAUCAAAAAGGGCCUUGCUGAAUAAGGAGGGGGUGCGUUGUUGUAGGUACUAAGCCAUAAGUCUAAUCGCAGUAAUCUGAUCCUCUUCGCACCUGGACACAUGACUCGGAAAAGUGCCUCCGUCACAGCUCCUCUUUGAGAUGGCUCUUGUUUUCUUGCUUACACACAAACACAUACUCCUCCGGGAAGGGCAAAGCUCAAAAAAGGAUAUUUAAAGUAUUUAGGCAGGAUCAGAGAAAUAGGGAGGCGGGGGGCAAGGUGGAGGAGAAAUAAAGGUUAUGUAAAAUGACACAGGGAACGGAUUGAAGCAGAAGAGGGGGUGUUGGGUCUACCUUUCUAAAGGGAUAGCUUCUUAUUUAAUCAGAAAUCCCUGGCCUGAUUGUAGCACGAUCCUGAGCUCAUGCUUCUUAUGAAAGGGAAAAGAUUUGCACUGAACGCUUACAUUGCUUUACUAUACAUGAACCCAAUAAAAAUGUGUAUUUGUUUUGUA